AUGGGCUUGGGUCAUUGCUGGUUGGUCCUUGUGCUACAAGGUGUUGUUAAAAUUGCCGUGGCUGUCUCACAGUGCCCUUUGGUGCCCAUCAUGCCGGACAGCUUUGAUUUCCGCCGGGAGAUGACGACCUUUUGGGCCACCGAGACGGUCUGGACGGGGACGACGGGGACGGGGACGGGGUCGGGGCAGACUUUCUUCUCCAAGAUCGAGCAGAGACCAUCCUUCAUUGGCAAAGGCCGGGCACUUCUUUUUAUGCCUGGACUGGAUGUGGUAGGGAGCUCCUCGCAUUCCAUCUGCCUUCCUUGGAACUAUUGCAACUUCGAAGUCUUCGAUUGUCACGGGAAUGUGGUGUACCGAGGAGAGGUGACAACCAUGACCAGCGUUGCAGAUCCGGCGUCACAGGUGACGGCGCUGAAACUCACGGACAAGGAUGGGAACUACUUGGGUCGUACCACUGAGCUGCCGAGCCUGUUGCCCCGUUUGGGCGGCAUCAAUGCGAAGAGUCAAAGUCAACUCACCCUCCUAGACACCGGCGAUGCGGUGGUCAUGGACCUGACAAAGGAUCCCAACCAGAUUUGGGUCACGCACUGGACUGGCCAGCUGGAUGCUCCCGGCAUGUCUGGCUUUGAUGGCGUACACUCCGUCCCUUUGGCGGAUCCAUUGCUGAUCACCUUCCUCAUCAGCAACCAGUUUCGGAACAAAGGUCUCUUCAGCCCACUAACGGACUUUCUUUUCACGGCACUUUUCGCCGGUCUGCUGGUCUAUUUCUUUUGGAAAUGGCGAAGCGGAGCGUGCUCCAAGGACAUAUCUUGCAGGGCGUGGUAG